UAUUGUAAUUAUGUAUUUUAUCUGUUAGAGUAGCCUGUCCAGGCGAAUCGUUGUCGAAUUUCCGUACCCCCAGUUGAUUGUCCUAGCCUCUCAUCCACUAAGACUUGGAGUAAGUCUUCAUCAAGUCUUUAUUGUAUGCUAGACGUCCUCGAUGCUAAUUUUCUAUCCAAAUACUACUUUGCAAGAGGUGCACAUCGAUUGUAAGCAUCAUUUUCCUGGCAACAUCAGAACUAAGUGUCGGUUUAUUAUUAUUUUUUUUGGUAAAGGAAAAGGGGGGUUAUUGAUUAUAUGUCUAGAGUAUUAACUCCAAAUAUCAUGUCAUCUUCAGUCACUGAAGUUAAAUUUUCUAGCCUUUGUGCUUCUUUCGCGGCUUUGCUCCUUUCUAACCCUUCCGCUCUCUUUCUUGCUCUCCUAGCUAUUGGGUCCUCCCAUUGCAUGGUAGGGUUACCGAGGCCCUGCCUACUAACUAAAUGCAAGAGUUUCGCCCUAAAUCUUUCCAUGCGCUCCGUGUUAAUUGCAAAUCGUUCAUUCGAAAUUUGAACAAGCAACUGCAUAUACUCUUCGGCUACGAAACUACGAGCUGUAGCUUCAGGCAAACCAUCGUUUUCAAUAUAGCCUAUGAUUGACUCAAGUCCUAGGCCAGAAGAUCGUACAGCAACGAUAGGGCAUGCUUCCGGGUCCUCUAGACAGCGAAGACCCUGGAGUCCACUCUCUCUAAAGCCUGCAUUACUGGCAGCAGCAAGGACAGGUUGGGCAUGGCUUAGAGAUGCAGCCAUUAUAUGGAGAAUCUGCACACAGUCAGUAUAUUGAAAAGACGGAUAAUAGACAAAAUUUAAUAUUUAUCGAGAGAAAUGAAACGCGUAAUCAAAUAAUAACUAACUCGGUGGAAUAUAAGAUGCAUACCAUAGGCUCAAAUUUGAAUUUGACCAGUUGUAUUUCGCCUUUUCUACUUGAGCUUAUUGCGGUCCUCGACGGUUUCAGCCCGAAUAGCUCAUGUAGACUCUUGUCUGUACUCUCUCCAUCGAAUAUCAGGGGAUCAUGGGAGACAAAUUGCCAUGUUCCGCUGCCUUUCCCCCCCUUAGGAACGAAUUUAUUCACAUAUUCUGUCCUUAUACGCUUAUCGUGACCGGGCUUAUCUUCUGAUGAGGCGUUUUCACGGCCGUCAAGAGCUCUCUCGCUGCCAGGGGCAGUGAUAUCAGCCUGGGCCUUGCCUCCCU